AUGUCUGAGGCUCAAGGUGACAUCGGUGUUAUUGGUCUUGCGGUCAUGGGUCAAAAUUUGAUUUUGAACAUGAACGACAAGGGCUUCACUGUUGUUGCUUACAACCGGACAACGAGCAAAGUCGACCACUUCCUUGCCAAUGAGGCCAAGGGAACCAAGAUUUUGGGCGCACACUCCGUCCAGGAGUUCGUCGCAAAACUUAAGCGACCUCGAAAGAUGAUUCUUCUCGUCAAGGCCGGUCCCAUUGUCGACGACUUCAUUAACCAGCUCCUCCCGUUCCUUGACCAGGGUGACAUCGUUAUUGAUGGCGGUAACUCUCACUACCCUGAUUCCAUCCGCCGUACCAAGGAGCUCGAGGCCAAGGGCUUCCUUUUUGUUGGCUCCGGUGUGUCUGGUGGUGAAGAGGGUGCCCGCUUCGGCCCCUCACUCAUGCCUGGUGGCUCUCCUGCCGCCUGGCCACACAUUAAAGAGAUCUUCCAGGCUACUGCUGCUCAGGUCAAGGGCGAGCCGUGCUGUGACUGGGUCGGUGAGACCGGUGCUGGUCACUACGUGAAGAUGGUUCACAAUGGUAUCGAGUACGGUGAUAUGCAGCUCAUUGCUGAAGCAUACGACAUUCUUAAGCGUGGUCUCGGCCUGCCUGAGGAUGAGAUUGCGGACAUUUUCCUCAAAUGGAACAAGGGCGUCUUAGACUCCUUCCUCAUCGAUAUCACCGCAAACAUCCUCAAGUUCAAGGACGAUGAUGGCGCUCCGAUGGUUAGCAAAAUUUUGGACAAAGCUGGCCAAAAGGGCACCGGCAAGUGGACCGCCAUUGCGGCACUCGAUGCCGGCAUGCCCGUCACGCUCAUCGGCGAGGCUGUGUUUGCACGCUGCCUGUCUUCUAUCAAGGAAGAGCGUGUUCGUGCAAGCAAAGUCAUUAGCGGCCCACAAAAGGAGGAAUUCAAGGGGGACAAGAAGCAGUUCAUCGAUGACUUGGAGCAAGCCUUGUAUGCUUCGAAGAUCAUCUCAUAUGCUCAGGGCUUCAUGCUCAUGAGGGAGACAGCGAAGGAGUUAGACUGGCACUUGAACUAUGCAGGUAUUGCGCAGAUGUGGCGUGGUGGUUGCAUCAUCAAGAGUGUCUUCCUUGGUGACAUUACGUCCGCAUAUCAGAAGAGCGGCAAUCUUGAGUCGCUUCUGUUCGAUGACUUCUUCAACAAGGCUGUGCACAAGGCUCAGCCUGGCUGGCGUCGUAUCAUUGCUCAAGCUGUUCUUUGGGGAAUUCCUACUCCUGCUUUUAGCACGGCUCUGGCGUUCUUCGAUGGGUACAGGAGCGAGGUUGUCCCCGCCAACAUUUUGCAGGCUCAGCGUGAUUACUUCGGUGCGCACACUUUCCGGGUUAUGCCUGGCAAAGAGAACGCCAAGCUCAAGACUGGUGAGGACAUCCACAUCAACUGGACUGGUCGUGGCGGCAACGUCUCUGCCAGCACAUACUCGGCUUAA